GUUGCAAUCCGCCAUUACACAGUUAAAGAAGAAGAAGUGGUUAGCAAGGGAAAGAUAUCUGGCUAGCGUUGGACAUAUCGUAACACUUGAAGUUGAUCAAUCAUGUCAGUGAAAUCGUGUUGUAUUUACAGUACGGGAGUGAUUUCUAUUCUAACUUUGAUAGCAGGCAUAGUGCUGGUGCUUUCGCAGGUGUUUCAAAAUAUCCUCAACGCGAAGAUAAAAAAGGAGAUUGUGCUUAGGAAUGGCACACAUGCGUUUGAUGUGUGGGAGAACCCACCACCUCCAGUCUACAUGCAGUUCUACUUCUUUAAUGUGACCAACCCGGCAGAGGUACUGAAGGGAGAGCGGCCUGCCGUUCUAGAGGUCGGACCUUACACAUACAGGGAGUUUCGUCCAAUGGAGCAAGUGAAUUUCCUGGAGAAUGGAACCAAAGUAUCAGCUGUCAACACUAAGACCUAUGUGUUUCAGUCUGACAUGUCCAAAGGUCCAGAGAGUGACUUGAUCAGAACAAUCAACAUCCCAGCUAUGCUCUCUGAAUUGGUGGACCACAGAUGAGUGUAACAUGAUCAAUGGGACCAAUGGGGCCUCCUUUCAUCCAAUCAUCACCAAGAACGAGACCCUCUACAUGUUUUCCUCUGAUCUCUGCAGAUCUAUCUAUGCCAUCUAUGAGGAGGAGAGCAGUGUGAUGGGUGUCCCAGGCUAUAGGUUCUCUCCACCCAGCAAGGUGUUUGCCAACACAACAGAGAACGCUGGUUUCUGUUCCCCACCAGGGAACUGUCUGGGCUCUGGCGUGCUCCAAGUCAGUGCCUGCAAACAAGAUGCUCCGAUCGUCAUGUCUUCUCCACACUUCUACCAGGCAGAUGAGAAGUUUGUCAAAGACAUCUUCGGGAUGAAACCAGACAAGAAGCAACACGAGACCAUCAUAGAUAUCAACCCGCUUACAGGCAUCGUACUUCAGGCUGCUAAGAGACUUCAAGUGAAUGUGUUUGUUGAGAAGAUUCCUGUGUUUAGCCAAACAGGUGAUAUCAGGACUCUGGUGUUUCCUGUACUCUAUCUCAAUGAGAGUGUUGUGAUCGAUGAGAUAUCGGCCAAACAGCUGCAGGUGAUCGUGGCGGAGGGCAACGUAGUGGUCAACAUACCCUUUAUGUUGAUUGGCUUAGGCAUCCUCCUGGGCGUUGUCUUCAUGGUGGUCCAGUGUCGUCAACGGAUCCCAGAGAGCUCUUCUGCCGAACGCCAGCCCCUUCUGAAGUCCUAGUCCCACAGGAAGUAGAAUUCUCUCCACAGGAAGUGGUAUCCUGGGAGGACAGGAUUAGGAUUGCCAUCCAUGUUUUGUUAACAAUAUCAAGGGUUCUGACUGUGUACUAUCUCCACUUUACCAGAUUUAAUCAGCUUCUACCCUGUAACCAUAACCUCACUAUUGACUCUACUGUAAGGCUAGAUCAGGGACCGGAUCGAGAAUGUUUUAAAAUCUUUGAAAAUGAAUAGUUAAAAUACUUUCUAAAGUCUGACAUUUUAAUCCGUUAUUAUUUUUGUUUUUAUCCAUAAUUGUUUUUUGUUUUUUUUUUAAACAUGAGUUACAAGGAGGCUGACUGUACUUUUUUAUUUCAUAUUUUUUGUUGUUUUUAAAUGUUGUGUUUUAGGGUCACASAGAGAGAUUAAACACUGAUAGUAGGGAUUGAGAGAGGAUAGAAGCUCGGGCAGAUUGCCAAGAUCAUGUCAGACAUUGAGAGGCUGUUGAAAAGAAUUGUAAUAUUAUURUCAUCUAUCGCUAUCAUCAUUAUUAUUCGGGAAUGUUGUAAAACUUCAAUUAAUAGCCUGGGUGUUUAUUUGCUGAAAUMACUUAACACASCUGAUGUAUAUUAGAGACAGGCUUCUAUUUCCUUAAUGCACACAGCUUUUGUUAAUUUCCAUAGUUAAUUGUUUAAUUCCAGCAUUCACUUCCAGCAUUCUAAUCAUUUACAUACGGUCAAGUUUAUUUUCUGUUAGUAUGCCUCUAUUUAGAAGAAAAAAAAAUGUUUCCUUGACAGAAUAAUGAUUCUCUUCUUUGACUGCAUUUUCGUAAGUUCUUAUUUUCACCACUAACUAGAGGGCGAUCUGACGGGGAUCUGUACUCCUGAAGUUGUCGACUGUUUUUGUGCUUGCCAAUUAGUUAGCAGUUCUCAGCUGUUAGCAGCCAAUGGAUAGAGGUUUCUUAAUGGCGAUAAAAAAUGGAUGAUUGCUAUAAUUUGAGUCAUUACUAAAUUGUUUAAUGUAACAAGUCAAACSUCGUAAAUAAUUAAUUUAGAGCCCAGGCGUUUAUUUGAAAUGCCCGUUUAUUUGCUGAAAUAUGUCCCGUCGCCUGGCUAUUAAAAGGGACAGGAGGCUAUUUGAGACAUUUUAAGUUUUACAGUGUAUCAAAACAUCCCCCAUUUGGACUGCUGACGUUAGCGCAGGGAAGUUAUUCUUAUAUUACACACCCCAGUGACAUUGUCACUUUUAUAUAUGUUUUUAUACUGCUUGUCAGCCUUUUGAGGAAUGAUCUGUCUGGUCGGCCUAUGAGGAAUGAUCUGUCUGGUCGGCCUAUGAGGAAUGAUCUGUCUGGUCGGCCUAUGAGGAAUGAUCUGUCUGGUCAGCCUAUGAGGAAUGAUCUGUCUGGUUUGUGUGAAAUAAUAGGGGCUACAGAGUAGGGAUCAGUUCCAUUUAAAUUGAAAAAAAACUGGGGAAAAAAUUACAUCCUGGAUUGACUGAAUUGAAAUGGAAUUGAACCAAACACCGGAUGAGGUCAUACUACUUUAAUUGAAAAAGUUUUUCACCACUUCUGAUUAUAACUACGUACCUACAUACGUAUAGGGGAAGUUAUCAACAUUUUAUCAAACAGAUCAGUGUAUUCAGUCAGCAGGCAUUGGAAUCCACUGUUAAAUAUAUCAUUGCUAAUUGAUACCUUGUCAAAACAGUACUAAGUAAGAGUAUAGACGCAUGAGAAAAUACUGGAUAUUUGCAUGACAACAAUUUUCUGCUGCUGGGCUUGUGAUCACUGAGAGAAGUGGCAAAUCAUAUGCUGCGUGAUAUUCCUGCUUCCAGAAUCUGCAUUUAAAAACGUUGUUUCCAAUUUCUUUAUUUUUGUGAUGAACCAGUUUCACAACAACAGACAGGCGUGUGUAUUCUUGUCUAUUUUAGAGUGAUAAGAGUAUCAGUAACAUUUCAACUAGCUAUCUACUAACCCUAAACGUAACCCGUACCCUAAACGUAACCCGUACCCUAAACGUAACCCGUACCCUAAACGUAACCCUUACCCUAAACUCUUAUUCUAUACCUUAACACUAACGUUAACCUUAGCAAGCAGUUGCUGAUCAACAGAUGGUAUAUCAACAGGUAGUUUGUUGAUAGUACGACCAUCUGUAGAGCAUCCAAGUAAUGUUCACAACUCUGAUAUGCUCCGAUCACUGAUAUGCAUAGUUGCAGACUACUUUUUUCUUAAUAAUUUUUCUGUCUAGCAUCUGAACUAGUAUGAAUUAUAAUUGUUAUUGRAUAUGUGUAUUAUUAUUUUACUCUGAGAGAGAGAACCUGCAUGGCUUUUUUGUUGUUGUUGUUGUUGUAAGAAACAAUAAAAUACUUUUACUACCAUGUCACAAAAAAAUUCAAUAAUAUAUUUKAACAUUAUUUACAUUGUGUGUGUGUGUACAAUCUUGACAAUAUAUACAAAUAAAUAAUUUACAAAUAAAUAACGGCUCAAUGGCAUCGUCACAGUUUUAAACGUAUCUUCCACAGACAUUUGUUUUUCUUGUCAAUAAACUGCUUCAUGUUG